CUGAGCGUCUCUUACGUAACUAUGCAAGAUAGAGCUUGUCCGGAAUGGUGUGAUUAGCAACAGAAUGGGGUACACCAGCUCCGGCUCUUUACCCAUGACCAUCUUUCAGGCAACAGCUAGUGGUUGGCCGUCUACAGGUGUGAUACAGAUGUGGGUUGCUAUACUUACUACCAGUUGUGGUUGUGGUCUUCAUUGUGGUAGUGCAGUGUGGUGUGGUUUGGUUUGGUUUUGUGCGAUAAGUGCUUAUGAGUUUGGACCUACCACCACUCUUGAAAGUUCCGUCUUGUUUGGCAAAAGAGUCCAACUGUUCAAAGCGAGCCCCUUGAAUUUGGAAUAUUUGCGAUGAAGGAGUACUCCGCUUUAGAUGUGUGCAAGGACGAGUCCAAUCCACCAACCGCCGGCAAGGCAAUCGAGCUGGACUCGGAAACGACGCCAGCUAUCGCCCACGACCAGCGAGAUGGCGAGGGGAAAGGCGACGGGGCGAGGGGCUCGUGGGGCGGCUGGUUGGAGUUCAUCCUCUCCGUCCUGGGGUAUUCCAUCGGGCUUGGUAAUGUGUGGCGGUUCCCGUACCUGUGCUACGAGAAUGGUGGAGGGGCGUUCAUCAUUCCCUACUUGAUCAUGAUAGCAUUCGUGGCGCUACCUAUCAUAUUCCUGGAGAUGAGCUUGGGUCAAUUCUCCAGUCUUGGCUGCAUCAGCGUAUGGCGCCUUAGCAGGUUAUUCAAAGGGGUUGGUUUUGCAAUGACGAGCAUAUCGGCAUGUUUCUGCCUGUACUACAACAUCGUCCUCGGCUACUGCAUCUACUACCUGGUCGUGUCCUUCUACGACCCGCAGCCCUGGGUAGGGUGCGACCACGAGUGGAACACCGAGAACUGCUUCGAGAGAGGGUCUCGCGUGGACGAGGUGGACGGGCCGCUGGCCGCCAACUCCUCCGCGAGCACGCUGCCGCCUUACGCCACGGCAACAGCAACGGCGAUGUACGGUUGGAACGUCACCACGCCAGCAAAUAUGACCCGGACCCGCGUGCGGGCAAGCGAAGAAUUUUGGAAACGACAGGUACUCGGAAAAUCGGACGGUCUUCACGAUCUGGGCGCCAUCCGCUGGCAGCUGCUCCUUGCCUUCCUCGCCGCCUGGGCUCUCAUCUAUGUGUGCGUCUCGAGGGGAAUAAAAUCCUCUGGAAAGGCAGUGUAUUUCACAGCUACCUUCCCCUACGUGUUGCUCUUCAUUCUUCUGGUGCGCGGCGCGACGCUGGAGGGCUCCAUGCAGGGAGUUCUUUUCUUCAUCACACCGGACUUCAAGAAACUCGGCCAGGCAAAGGUAUGGCAAGCUGCAGCCAACCAAGUGUUUCUUUCGUACAGCCCCGGCUGGGGCGGCAUGCACACGCUGUCAAGCUACAACAAGUUCAACAACCGCUGCUACAGGGAUGCCUUUAUUUUCUGCAUCUCGUGCUUUUGUACAAGCAUCUUCUCCGGAUUCGUCAUCUUCUCCAUUUUAGGCUUUAUGGCCUACGACUCCAACACUAACGUCGAAGAUGUGGUAGACGCCGGUUAUGGUUUGGCAUUUGUUGCGUUUCCGGAGGCAGUCACCCGAAUGUGGCUCCCGCAGCUGUGGUCUUGUCUUUUCUUCUUCAUGCUCAUUAUCCUGGGAAUGGAUAGUCAGUUCGUGUGCUUGGAGACCCUGAUUACGGCUAUUAUUGACGAGCUAGCGGAUGUUUGGCCCAAUGCCAGGCGAUGGAAGGGAAGGUUGAUCUUCGCAACGUGCUUCGUCAUGUUCCUUAUUGGUCUGCCUCUUGUGACUGAGGGUGGUAUUUACGUGAUGGAACUUUUGGACUGGUACGUGGCGGGCUUUUCGCCGAUGGUAACGGCGAUGUCUGAAGUUCUGAUUGUAUCCUACGUCUAUGGUGUCAAACGGGUCGUGCGUGACAUCGAAGCGAUGCUUGGUUUUACCCCAUCGAUGUACUGGCAACUGUGUUGGAUGUUGUUUUGCCCGGCGUUGCUGACGUUUAUCGUUGUGUUCGCCUUCGCCGACUACGAACCUCCUAAAACCGCCGACUACACGUUUCCGCCAUGGGCCGAUGCCAUAGGCUGGUGCCUCGCCAGCAUUGUAUUGGUAUACAUCGUCGUCUAUGCCGUAUACUACCUGUGCAGGGAAAGUGGCACGUUUGUUGAGCGGCUGAGACGUGCAGUACAGCCAUCGCCUGACUGGGGUCCGCACCUGAAUGUGAACCGAGUCAAGGCUGGUUACGCCCCGCUGCCCGGGCGUGGACCGUAUCCGAAGAUUAACACCAGUGACAAGGAGGACGCAAUAUGCUUGCCUGCCUCUGACCUGAUGACCAAGCAAAUGACCAGUGACAUAGACCUUGACCACCAUCAAGACGAGAGCAUUGUGUGAUUAAAGAUUGGACUGAUAAUACAUGAUGACCUCGUGGGGCGUUUUCCAAACCCCGGGUUCGUUUCAGGUUCGGAUUCACUUACGGCACCGAGGUCCUCUAGAAGCCUUUUAUUUCCGAACCAGAAUUGUGGCAACAUUGUAGAUACAUGACUUGUAUUU